AUGAAGUGGGUAUACGUUUACAGAAAACCUACAGAUACAGGUCUAUAUCUUAGAUGGACUAGUAAUCAACCUCGUAAUUAUAAAAUUAAUUUAAUUAAGUGUCUAUGUACUCGUGCGAAAAGAAUAUGUUCAUCUGAUUAUCUCUUCAAACAAGAAUUAGAAUAUUAUAAGAGCAUUUUCAUCACGAAUGGUUAUCCUAUUAAUGUCAUUAAGAAAACUAUACAUAGUAUUGAAUUAAGUAUUACAAAGAAAAAAACAAUUCAGAAUACACAAAAAAUAUUCAUUUCAGUUCCUUAUUAUGGUGAAUGUUCCUUAGCAUUAGCCAAUAAGAUUAGAAAAAUCAUCCAAAAUCCUACAGUUAAUGUCAUUUUUGGAUUUAAAGCUGGCAAUCGAAUUUCCUCAUUAUUCAGUAAAACAUUCCGUGGAACUAAUGAUAACAAAAGAAUAGUGUAUGGUUAUUCAUGUUAUGAUUAUAAAGGAUAUUAUAUAAGUCAGACAGCAAGAGGUGCUGAAGUUCGUCAAGAAGAGCAUAAAAAUGCCUUUAACGGCAACGGUUAUUCCAAAAUAGCUGAACAUUGUCUUAAUAACAAACAUCGUAACAAUUGGAAUACUGAUAUUUUAACCAUUGAAUCUAAUGAUUUAAAAAGGAAUAUAAAAGAAAGCUUACUCAUGUAUUGGUAUAGUAAAAAGAAGGACAAACAAGUGUACUCACAAAAGAGCUUCGUUUUAAAUGUGUUCUGA